CUCCGGGCGGUGUCCCGGACCCGGAAGUGGAGUUGCCGAGUCACCGCAGUGGCUGAGCUACUGACAGGAGGCGGCGGCGGAGUAGGAGGCGAGGCAAGACCUGCGGCUCGGCCCGGCCACAGCCGCGGUAGUGCUAGGCAAGCCCACGAAGUCACGCCGGCCUCAGCCAGUCUGCGAACCUCUCGCUCCUGCCCACACCUGCAUCCGCCCGGCCCCUGCCCGCCCGACUGGUCCGGGGAGGCCUAGUCUGCACCACCCGCCGGGCUCCUGGGGCCGCCGCCCCGCGCGGUCCCGUCGGUGUCCCCGGCCGCGCCCGGCCCCUGGCCCGCUCGCCCGCCGGCACCAUGAUGGAGGAGAUCGACCGGUUCCAGGUGCCCACCGCGCACUCGGAGAUGCAGCCGCUGGACAAGAAAACCGUGGGAGAAUAUGCUGGAUGAGAGCAAAGGAACCUGUAAGGGCGGAGGACACCGUCGGUGGAAGCAGAGCACCGUCGGAUGGAACGGAGGGGGCACAAAGGACCCAGCCGCCGCCUCCAUCUCUGACGGAGACUGUGACGCCCGGGAGGGUGAGUCAGUAGCCAUGAAUUACAAACCAUCCCCGCUCCAAGUGAAGCUGGGCAAAGAGGGCAGUUACAGUUCUCUGCAGGAGCCUGAAACUCUAAGAGGCAUCUCUGAAGCCAAGAACAUUCCAGAGAAGCAGCGGGAGCUGGCCCGGAAGGGCUCCCUGAAGAAUGGCAGCAUGGGUAGCCCUGUCAACCAGCAACCCAAGAAGAACAAUGUCAUGGCCCGAACAAGGCUGGUCGUCCCCAAUAAAGGCUACUCCUCGCUUGACCAGAGCCCUGAUGAGAAGCCACUGGUAGCCCUUGACACGGACAGCGAUGAUGACUUUGACAUGUCUAGAUACUCCUCCUCCGGCUACUCCUCUGCUGAGAUCAACCAAGAUUUGAACAUCCAGCUGCUGAAGGACGGCUACCGGUUAGAUGAGAUCCCCGACGACGAGGACCUAGACCUCAUCCCCCCCAAGUCCGUGAACCCCACCUGCAUGUGCUGCCAGGCCACGUCCUCCACCGCCUGCCACAUUCAGUAGCGGGCGGGGCCUCUGCGGCCGCCUGGGCGGGGCCGCCAAGGGCCGGGUAGGACGGGCAGAGGCCGACCCCUUCCCAGCUCGUCUGCCUGCCCCCAGCCCCGCGCCCCUACAGCCGCCAACCUCGUAUAACAGUCAUUGCUUCCUCCUAUGGUAGGACGUGUACCUCUGUGUGUUCAUGGAGCUGGAGAAACCAAAACCGGGUCUCUCUCCACCCGGGAGCUGAGGAGGGGUGGGGGCCGUUUGUUCAGUUACCUGGGGGAACCUCACCCAGCACCCUGCCCCGCUUCCCAGGGCUGGCCAAGAGAGAAGACUGGACGGCAGGGAGGUCAACAUUAACGAGUGGGGGGAUCACAAAGCCAGGGGCUUGCCCCCCCCCCGCCCCAGCGAAGCCAUGAACUCCCAAGCCCCGGCCUCAGCCUAACCAGGAAAGGGGCUCGGAGGGAGAAAGGCCCAGGGCAGUGGGGACGGGUCCCAGGACCUCGGAGCCCCCUUCACACGCCCCCUACCGGCUCAUGUUUCUAUUUGCAUUUCCCCGUCCUCAGAUGGGAAGCCUGGCAAAGCUGCCCAACCGGGUAGUGCCCCUCACCCAUCGGAUCACUGCCUUCUUCCUCCUCUUGCCCCAUUCACCCGCUUCCUUGCUCUCUGGGAGUGGGGCAGGGUAAGGUGGGCCUUAGAGACAGGCUGAGGUUUGGGUGGUGUGAUCUGUCCUAAUUGGCCCCUCACCAAUGCAUCUAUCUGUCUGCCACCAGCCCACCCACCCCACCCCCACCCUCACCCACCCUUCUGCUCAUUGGUCUCAAUCCCAGCCUGGAAGCAGGGAGUAAGGCUGGACUCCAGUGGCCCAUUCCCCUCACCCCAGCCCAAGACCUGGGAGGCUGCUUCCCAGUAAGAAUCCAGGAGUAAGCUUUGGUGAAUCCAGUGGGCUGAGUGGCUAUAUGGAUGUGGUUGUUUGGACGUGGUAGGGAGUGCUUAGCAGAAUGUGUGUGUAUCUCUGAGGCUGUCAGGGGGUGGGUGGGUGUGUGUCUCUGUUGGACCUGUCUCUCCUCAGUCUAUUCCUGUCAUAGAUGUGGGUGUCCCUGGUGGGGAAGUGCCUGUGUGGUCUGUUUACAGUGCAGAAGGCGGCUCAGCAGUGCAAUGGGCUGACAGCCUUGGACCGGGAGUCAGAAGGCUGGGUUCUGGUCGUAGCUCUGGCCCCUCCCUGUGAUCUUCAACAAGCCACUUGCUUUCUCUCGUCUUCAGUUUCCUCAACUAGAAAAUGAACAGCAGCUGAAAUUAUGUUGAAGAUCCUUUUAUAUCUGAAAGAGUUUCUUCAUAGAAAUUUCUGUGGUGGGGAGGGGGCAAUCUCUGUGUGUCUCAGUACACCUAGAGGUUGGGGUGGGGCGGAGUUGUGUGUCUCUGUAGAAAGGCAAAGGGGCAGUUCCUAUCAGGACUGUGUAUGUCUGAGCACAUGUGGCUCUGUUUGGGAUUAUGUGUUUGUCUGUAAAUGUGUAUGUGUGUUGGAAGGGUGUCUAUUGUGUGUGGCUGUAUAGGGUGUCUGUAAAUCAAGAUGUGUAUACAGCUGCUUCUGCUAUUGCUGGUUUAGGGGAGGGGACUGGAAAGCUGAGGCUGAAAAUCAAGAGGGAAGAGGUAAGGAAGGCCCACCCCUAAAUGAAAGCACAGAUAGCCUAAGACUGCACAGGCCUGUGCCCACAUACCUUAUAGAACAGGCCCAGGUGGAUCAUCUCAUGCUAACACCCUACAUGUGCUGGUGGAUCCACUCCCAUGGAUCCACUCACAUGCUGCAGGCAUGCAGUAAGUAGACUCAUCCACAGCCCACUCUCUGGACACCAAUCCUGGGAGGUGGGAGCUGGAAUGGGGAGCAAUGAGAGGAGGGAGUGAGGCUGUUGGCUUAGGAAGGGUGGCACCUCUCCCUGCAUCAUACCCAGGAACUGCCAGCUCCAAAAUAUUGGGGUGCAGCUCACCACCCCCCACUCCUCCAACCCAUCCCUACCUCCUCUAGUGCAGGGACCCAAGUUAGAUGAUGAGAAAAUGCCAAACAAAGGGAGACAAGGACAGAGAAGGUACCUGCAGGACCCACAAGGCCCAUACUGGCCCCCAUCUGAACCCACCUCUCCCACCCAGAUCAACAUCCUCCCAACCCCUGUGCCCCCAUCAUCUGGACCCCAGAGCCAGGCCUCCCACUACCACCACCACCACCCCGGGGCUCCUUGGCUCACCUUUCUAGAACAUGGGUACCUCCUCUUUUUGGGGGCUCAUUUAGACCGCUGCCUUUGCUGCUGACUUACUGUGUGACUCGGGCCCAUUGUUCAAUCCCUGUGGCCCUGAGACACCAGGGAAAAUCUCCCCCCCCACAGGACAUACUAGUUCCCUGGCAGGCAAGGGCUUCCAACUGAGGCAGUGUAUGUGUGGCAGAGAGAGGCAGGAAGCUGGCAGUGGCAGCUUCUGUGUCUAGGGAGGGGUGUGGCUCCCUCCUUCCCUGUCUGGGAGGUUGGAGGGAAGAAUCUAGGCCUUAGCUUGCCCUCCUGCCACCCUUCCCCUUGUAGAUACUGCCUUAACACUCCCUCCUCUCUCAGCUGUGGCUGCCACCCAGCCAGGUUUCUCCGUGCUCACUAAUUUAUUUCCAGGAAGGUGUGUGGAAGACAUGAGCCGUGUAUAAUAUUUUUUUUAACAUUUUCAUUGCAGUAUUGACCAUCAUCCUUGGUUGUGUAUCGUGUAACACAAAUAAUGAUAUUAAAAGCAUCAAACAA